AUGGAAUUUUCUAUUCGAAACAUACGGCGGAGCCGGGACAGACCUGGAAAUAAUGGCGGUACCGCAAGAUGCCGAAGAGCCGUGCCGGAUAUCACAACGAAAGUGUACAAGGAAGAAUGCACCUAUUGCUUUAGGACACCUUUCUUUGCAGGCGGUUUAUUCGUCUGUCUGAAGACAUAUGCCUGCUUUUGCUUCACUCAUGUUGGUUUGUAUGCUGAGCAAUCAGGAAAUACCUUGUUUCUCCAUAUCUCUAGCAAGAAGGUUACCCUUGAGUCGGAAGAGGAGUCAGAUGGAGAACCCAAGGACAAAAUCACUCGUCUUGCAAUCUCAGACACCGGAUUCGAAGGAAAGAAAUUUGAUGUCGUUGACAGUUACGCUCUAGUUUCUUUCCCACAUAUAAAUGCCAAAUGUCCAGUGGAUGAAAAGCUCGGCGCAGAUCUCUAUGGCACAUGCCAGUUUGUCAUUAAUGCUACUAGUGCCGAGCGGAUAGCAUUGCUGCAGAAUGCUAGCAAUGCUUGGGAUGGAGAGAUCAAACAAAUCACGAAGCAUGCCAAUCUAGUCCAAGUUGAUAAUGGAAAGAUGAUUCCCAUCAGUGGUUGGGUAUGUGAAGCUGAGAACUGCGGUUUGAAUGAAAAUCUAUGGUUGAACUUGACGGAUGGUGCCAUAAGAUGUGGUCGUAGUCAGUUUGUUGGUGAAGGUCAAAUGUGCAAAGGAAACAACCAUAUGAAACAGUAUUUUGACGCUACCGGAUUCCCACUUGUUGUGAAGUUGGGCACCAUCUCAAGUGAUGGAACUGCCGAUGUCUUCAGCUAUGAUGAAGAUGAUGCGGUGAUUGAUCCAAAUCUGGAAAAACAUCUUGCUCAUUUUGGGAUCGAUGCGAGAAGUUUGAAGAAGACGGAAAAAAGUACGCUGGAGUUGGAGCUGGACAUGAAUCAAAAAUGGGAAUGGGCGAAGUGCCAAGAGGAUGGUGCUAGUCUAGAGAAUAUCUAUGGACCUGGCUAUACCGGACUGAUCAACCUCGGUUCUAGCUGUUACAUGAAUUCUGUGUUGCAAUCACUGCUCGUUAUUCCAUCGUUUGUGACGCGAUACGUUGAUGGUGCUGGACCCAUACUAGCAAGAGUUCCUCCUCUUGAUGUGCACACAGACUUCAAUGGUCAAGUUGCAAAGUUGUUUUCUGCAAUGGCAAACGGUGACUAUUCUGCGGAGAAUAGUGAUCUCAAUGGGAUAAAGCCAUCACAGUUCAAACGAGUGGUGGCUGGAAAUCAUCCAGAGUUUUCUACGAGUCGGCAGCAAGACGCGGAGGAGUAUAUUCGAUUUCUCUUGGAUAAGAUCUCCUCCGGUACUCCAGUGGAAGUCCGGGAUCCCACACUUUCUGUGAAAUUCAAAAUGGAAAGCCGAUUUGAAGAUAUUGCUUCCGGUAUGGUGAGGUACACGGAUAGAGAAGAAACUGUGUUGGCAGUGCCUAUCCCCAAGGCUGCAAUUAGGGCACCUGAAAACGAAGGAGGUCGAUCGAAUGUGGCUUUGACCGAUUGUCUACAUGCUCUUUUUGAACCGGAAAUCAUUGAGGAUUUCGUGAGCCCUAUUACUAACGAAAGGAAAGGUGCACGAACUACAAUACGAUUCAAGACAUUCCCAGACUUUCUGUUUUUACAAGCUCAGAGAUUCACCAUGUCUCCAGAUUUCACCAUAAAGAAGCUAGACCUCGAUUUGCAAGUUCCGGAUGAGAUUGAUCUGUCUGGAUUGCGCGGCAUUGGGAAGAAGGAGAAUGAAGUGCUUUUACCUGAUAGUGCCUCAACAGAAACUGAACCACCACCACCGAACUACGACCAGCAUAUAGUUGAACAGCUGGAAGCUAUGGGUUUUACAAGAAACGCUUCAAUAAAAGCAGCGAUGUGCACCGGCAGCGGUGGAAGUGUUGAAGCUGCUGCUGAAUGGGUAAUGCUCCGUUUGGAUGACCCUUCACUCAACGACCCUCCUGCUCCUUCUUCUAAUCCUGGUGCGGGAGCUCAAGGGCACGUGGAAGGGAUGGAUGAACUCAUGGGUUUUGGUUUCACUGCUCAUCAAGCGCGUUAUGCUCUCAACCGUAAUCCUGAUGCCAAUGCUGCCGCGGAAUGGUUGUUCAUGCACGCAGAUGAGGUACCGCCUGAGUGUGGGACUGCAGUCCCGGGUGAAAAUACGACUCCUCUGGCCACGUCAGCAUCUCGCGAGUUUAGUGAUGGAAAUGGAAAGUAUCGUCUUGUCGCGUUUAUUAGUCACAUGGGAAGCAGUCCACAUUCUGGACAUUAUGUAGUGCAUGUGAAGAAGGAUGACAGAUGGAUUCUCUUCAAUGACGAAAAAGUGGCAAUAUCACAAAAUCCACCUCGUCAACUUGCGUAUCUCUAUCUUUUUCAAAGGUACGAGUGACUGGCUGUCGCAAUUUGUUGUUGUAAUAAUUUUUCAUUUUUCCCGAUCCCUUGUUUAAAUGUAAUUCAAGCCAAAG